AUAUUCACAGAAGCAAGGAAAUGCGAAUAGCAUAGCCUGAAGAAAUGUCAACAAUUGGGAGUUUUGAAGGAUUCCAGGCUGUGUCUCUGAAGCAAGAGGGAGAUGACCAACCCUCUGAGACUGACCACCUAUCGAUGGAGGAAGAGGACCCGAUGCCAAGACAGAUUUCAAGACAGUCGAGUGUGACCGAAUCAACUCUUUACCCCAAUCCUUAUCAUCAGCCUUAUAUCUCACGGAAGUACUUUGCUACACGGCCGGGGGCCGUUGAGACUGCCAUGGAAGACUUGAAAGGUCACGUAGCUGAGACUUCUGGAGAGACCAUUCAAGGCUUCUGGCUCUUGACAAAGAUAGACCACUGGAACAAUGAGAAGGAGAGAAUUCUGCUGGUCACAGACAAGACUCUCUUGAUCUGCAAAUAUGACUUCAUUAUGCUCAGUUGUGUGCAGCUGCAGCGGAUUCCUCUGAGCGCUGUCUAUCGCAUCUGCCUGGGCAAGUUUACCUUCCCUGGGAUGUCCCUGGACAAGAGACAAGGAGAAGGCCUUAGGAUCUACUGGGGGAGUCCGGAGGAGCAGUCCCUUCUGUCCCGCUGGAACCCAUGGUCCACUGAAGUUCCUUAUGCUACUUUCACUGAGCACCCUAUGAAAUACACCAGUGAGAAAUUCCUUGAAAUUUGCAAGUUGUCUGGGUUCAUGUCUAAGCUUGUUCCAGCUAUCCAGAAUGCCCACAAGAAUUCAACUGGAUCUGGAAGAGGAAAGAAACUGAUGGUGUUAACUGAACCCAUUUUGAUUGAGACCUACACAGGGCUGAUGUCAUUCAUUGGAAACCGCAACAAACUUGGCUAUUCCCUUGCCCGUGGGAGUAUUGGUUUUUGAGAGUCUUUUUGGUACCAUAAGUGUAUCAUCCAUAGAUAUGUCACUUUGAAAAUUCCAUUAUGACCCACCCUAUUUUUGGACUGAAACAAUUAAUUAUUUUUGAAUAAUGCUUCAUGAUUUUGAAAUUUAGUAUUUCUGAAAAUUUAAAAGCUUGAUUGGACUGAUAGAUACACACUUUAGGCCUCAUACAAGAAUAACCAAAUUUUCUUAAAACUAGAAAACAAAUGCUGCUGAGCCUAUCAAAUACUGUUAUCAAAUGAGUGCCUGAUCAUCAGCUCAGGAAAGAAGACUCUUUAAGUCCUGCUGCUUCAGCUCUCUAAAUGUAGGUUUUAUUUUUUUUUUUUAGGUCUUGGUCUUCAGCCCUCUUAUCCUGAUUUAUUCUCUCAUUGGGGUCUCACUGUCUCUAGUAUUUUAGCUACCACUUGAUAAGGAUGACUUCCAAAUUUAUAUUCCCAUUCCCAAGAUUUAUUCCAAGAUUCAGUUUUGCAUUUCUGACUGCUAAUCAUCUAUAUAUCAGUGUCCCAGUGGCCUCUUAAUUGAGAAUUAUCAAAAUCCUGGAUUUCUCUGUGGCAUUUAUAUGGUCCCAGUUAUCCAUCCCUGAAGUCUGUCAAUUUUGAUUUCUCUAAAUUUCUUGCCAUGACAUCGUAUAUACAAUCACAUCUCUAUAUGGCUUAGCAUUGUAUUCCAAUGCCCAGAUGUCAAACUUGAAGCUCAUUCUCUCGUCAAAAUUGUUCAUAUAUUCCUCCUUUCCAUUCUUAUAGCUGUAUUAUUAGAUCAGGUUUUUAAUUCUGCUCAACCAAUUAUUACCACAGCCUGUUAAAUGGAAUCCCUAUUCCAAGGCUGACUGUUUGAAUCUAUCCUACACUUGGUUUCUAGCUCACUUACUUAUGCCAUCUUUUGUUCAAAUAUGUAUUUUUUAAUAACAGACCUUUUUCUUCUAAUGAAAUCUUUUGUAGAAGCAGAAUAUACGAAGCAGAUAAAAGUAGGAUCACUGUGGUUGGAGUGAAGAUGAGAAUGCCACAGGCAUCUUUCUUUCUAGGCCUCAGAGGUGCUGCAUAUGGAAUGUCCAUGAAUCGCAGAGGGUUUUGAAUGUUUUCAAAAACACUGUCUUAACACUCUAUUCUCAUUGCUCUUUUCCCUCUUAUUUCCUCUUUGUCUCUUCCCAACUUAGAUCUAAUUUUCAACAACCCAGGAAAUUAUCUCAUAUGUUUGCAUCUCUCAAGUUUCUUUUCUUUUUUCUUUCAGAAUCUUAUUUUAUCUAAAUUUAUUUAGAAAAAAAAAGCUUUGAAUGUUGACUACAUAGACAUUACUACAAUAAGCUUUUUGCCUUUCCCAAGACUCAAAAUUGAUACAUCAUCUUGGUUGAUGUUUAAGUUGAAAUUCCAGCCAACUUUUUCUUUUUACUUUAAUGUGAAGUUUGAAGUCUUUUCUUUGAAAAGCUUGCUUCCUCAAUUUCGAAGAUUUGUCCUCUGAUAUAUUUAUAAACAUCAAUUUAAUGCGGGCAUUCAAACCCCAAACCUUGAAUAACUCUCAUUUUAUUUUGUCUUUGCUUACUUCCGUUAAUUUUUUUUCUUUCCCUCUCUUCCGCCUUUACAGCACCCGCUUUUUCUUCCCCCCAUGAUGGCAAAUAUUCUUAUAGUCCCCAAGGCAGGGAACUUCUAUUCAGACUGUAAAAGGAAAUGUUGAAAUCCAUAGCUGUCCUGUCAACAGUAGUGGAAUGAAAAGUCGUUGGAUUGUUUUGGCACUGGUUCUGAAGCAGGCAUAAUUGGCAAAUUAUUUUAAUACUGCUGCCCGAAAAUCCCCAUUUGCCUCAAGAUAGUGGCAUUUAUUGGCAGAAGCCUCUGAAAUGUCCAGCACAUUCUUUUGAGUUACCAUUUAAGGAUCAGCCUGACAAUCGACUUCUCUCUGCACAUUUGUCCCCUUUGUAACCUAAGCCAGACUGUUCCCAAAUGACCUUCUAAAGGACACAGUGCACCAUCAUCAACGGAAACAGUUCAGAAAGGAUGACAGGAGGGAGAUGUUUCUUAGUUCUGAGAGCCAGUCUGUAACAAUGGGAUAAGCAUUUAAUGGAAUCAAAGUUGUUUUGCAUAAAGAGUGAACUCACAGAUGACAUGAGGGUCUUUAUGAAUUCCCUUCACAUUUUGUAAAAACUGUCAUAUAUAGGAUAUCCCCUUAAUUGAUAAAUGGGAUCUAGAAAGCAGUAUUAUGACCAGAGGAUGAGAAGAUUUAGGAAUUUUGAUAGCAGUUCAAGAUAAGAAAGAACUUCUUAUAGUUAUAAAUUUUCAAGGAUGGAAUGGAUUGCUUCUUUAAACAGUGAACCCACCAUCACUUGAUAAUGUUCAAGGAAAGACUAGAUAAAGUAGAUAUUGUGAGAGGAAUUGCUGUAUGGUACCAUUUGGAGAAAUGAUUGACAUAAUCUUUUAAGGCCAGUGACCCUAUCAUUUUCCAAAUAAUUGUUGCUAGUACUUAAUUAAUUAGACCCAGUUUUUCUUAGGAAAGAGUUGGAUCAAUCAUGGGAGACUCUGAAAAAUUUCCUUAACUUUCCUAAGGUUUAAUUUCUUCUUCUGCAAAAAGGAGACAAUUAUAUUACUUUUGCUUAUUUCAUAAAGAUCUUGUGAGUAUUCAAUGAAAUGAGGUUAAAUUCUUUUAUUAAACAGAAAGUUUUUGAGUA